UCUCUUAAGAAUUUCCAUUCACUUCAAAUUGAUUCUCUUUCCCGCUUCCCCACAUUCCUUAAUUCGCUCAAAGCCUUAAACCCACACUUGCAUUUAUUUAUACAAAUACAUAUCAGAUCUCAAAUUCCUUCGGAUAAAACUUGGCAAUUCCAGUGGCAGUUUUGUUCAAGAAACCUACGCUAGUCUUGCAGCUGUACGAGGAAAAGCCGAAACCCUAGGGUUCUUCGAUUUAGUCUACAAAAUGGGGGAUGGGUUGAAGAAUUUCGACGUAGAGAAGCUCAUGUUGUGGAGCAACGACCUCGUUGAGGUCUUGAAGGAUGGCGAAGAUGUCAAUUCUUUGAAGCAGCUAUUGGAGCAAUCUAACUCCCUUCAAUCUCAGUGCAAUACUGAUUUUAACAACACCCAGAGGUCCAUCGAAGAUUAUGAAAAGAAGGUAGAUAUGUGCAAACGUAAAACCCUGGAAGCAAAAUCUGAAGCUUCAACUGAUGCUGAAAUAGAAUCACUACAGAAAGAUCUUGAAGAGGAGCUUCAAAGAGAGAGCCUGUUAAGAGAAGAGCUGAGAGUUAUUGCAGAAGAAAUGAAUGAUUUAGAGCAUCAAAGAUUCUCCAUUGAGGAACAAGGAAAAUCCCUUAAGCAACUUGAGCGAGAUGACUCAAGAGCAGAGAUGAGGUUAUCAUUGUUUGCUUCAGUUACGAAUAUUAUCCCAAGCUUGGAUGAUCAAUCAAAAAUAUCGGGCUAUAAAGUUCAGAGAGAUAAAAAUGUGGUUGAAGAUUUUGACUUUGACCCAAAAGAUAUGUCCGAGUUUGAAACUUGUAACCGCAUUUGGAAGAUGAUUAACUUGGACACAUUAUAGUUUUGUGAGCACAAUUCUGUCUAAUGUUGUGUACAUGUAUGUUUAAGUUGCCAAUACAGUUACGAUUUCUUUUGCAAUCUUGUGCGGUAGCUGUUCCUUUGUGAUCCUUCUUGCACAAGUACAAAACAGCUCUAUAACUUUGUAUGAGUUUGGAAUCUAUUUUUCUUUAUUUUUCUUUUGCAAA